AGUCGAACAAAAUUCUUCGUCAACGAGUCGGCUAAAAAACUCUGCGAUCAGUUCAAGUCUGAACGCCGAUUUAGUCAAAUAUCUCUUGCUAAUCGAGUUUUCCGUUAUCUAACCAUGUCUUAUCGCAAUCUGGCUAAAGUCUUUCUUUUGGUGGUGUUGCUCAGCUUGAGUCUGGUGCCAUUUAGCCAAGCCCAACCGAAACGAGGUCGUAAACGUGCUUUUGGCGUGGGUCUUCUGGGUGGAGCUCUGGCUGGCGCCGUAAUAGGGAACGUGGUGGCCAAGUCCCACCAGGCUCCAGCUGCAGCUCCUGCUGCCCCCGUGGCGCAGGUGCACCACUUCUACCAGGCAGGUGUCCCAGUGCCGCCUGCACCCAUUGCCGUGGUGGCUCCAGCACCACCAGAUCCCAAGAAGAUGACCGUCAUCGAAACAGGGGCCCCCGAUGCCAAUGGAUGCUACAAGCAAACCAUCCGCGAACCGAAUCCCAGUAAUCCGAAGACCUACACGGAAACGCAGCACCUGAUUUGCCCCACGCUGCAGCAGUCCAAUCAACCGGCUCCCGCCAUUGCCCCCAGUGUUUCCCACGUUCCAGUGAUGCCACAGCCCUCGCCGGUGAUCCCUGCUCCCGUGGCAGGGCCUCCAGCUCCUGCUGCGGCUCCUGCUGCAGCUCCUGUUGCAGCUCCUGUUGCAGCUCCUGUUGCCCCAGCUUCAGCUGCAGUGGCUCCUGCAGCAGCGGUUCCCGUUCCACCGGCUGCAGCUCCUGUGGCACCAGUUCAUACCUCUGUUCCAGUGGCAGCUCCAGCUCCUGUCCCGGUUGCCCCCGCAGCUCAGCCCAUCCCUGGCCAGCCUCCCCAGGUCAUCCUGCUCUCCAAGAAAACCGUGUACUACCCCAAAAAGCGAUCUUCGGCACCCACACUCUACAUUCCACAGGGAGUUCUGGCCAUGCUGGUGAUUUUCUAUAGCAUGAAGGCAUUUAUAUUUUAAUUUAGGGAAAUAAUUCAUUUCAAAUCCGUUGAUAUUAAGUCUUCAAUUUAUUGUCUAGUGAGUGCUAAUUCAACUUAAAAAUAUUACGAUGAACCUUGGUUGGUCAUACCAGAAAAAUGUGCCUGCUUAUCAAUUUGUUGCAUGACGAAUUUUUUUCUUCAAGUAAAUAAUCUUCUUCUAUUACACAUAAUGAGUCCAUUUUUCGAAACGAUAAGAAGUUCCCCAUAAAUUAUAUAAAUAAAAAUCCUAACUUCGAAA